UAUUUAUUCAUCUAAAUGUUAACCUAUGGCAGGGAUGAGCAGGUAUACGUCCUUGUUAUAAGGAUGUUUAGAAAAGUGGGGAACAAUCUUAUAAAUAAAAUUAAAUGACUUUAUCGCACCAAUUCAAUUAAAAUGAACCUUCCACUGCUAAUUGCAGCCCUCGCUCCUUUGGUCGCUUGCGACGUAAGCCAUCUGGGGUACCAGUACCACGCCCCAGCGACCAGUUACGACGUCCCUUUUGGCUCCAUUGGAAGCCUGAAGCACGACAGGCAGUACUACCAUGUCAACAAACCCGGGAUUUUGAGUGGGGUUGUUGGCACCACCCCUGCCUCCAACCUACAAACCCCCAUACACGAGUUCUCCGCCUUCAGAGGAGGCGAAACCUUCAACUCCUUUCUCCACCAACCAGCGGACUUCGGAGUUACGGUUAAACCAAUCCUCAACACUGUAAGUCCAACCGUUGGACCGGUUUUCGGUUCGGUUAACAACGUAGUUCCACAAUCGGACUUUGGAGUUACGGUUAAACCGAUCCUCAAUACUGUAAGUCCAACCGUUGGACAGGCUUUCGGAGUUAGCACAGUGAGUUCAACUGCAGCCCCGGUUAUCGGUUCGGUUAACCCACAAUCGGACUUCGGAGUUACGGUUAAACCGUUUAUUGACACCGUGAGCACAACUGUUCGGCCGAUUUUCGACAAUGUUGUUCCACAAUCGGACUUCGGCGUUACGGUUAAACCGGUUGGACCGCUUUUAGGGUUAGCUCCACAAUUGGACUUCGGCGUUAAAUCGGUUUUCAACACCGUAAGUCCAACGGUGGGGCCGGCUUUCGGUUCGGUUGACAAUUUCGGAGUUACGGUUAAACCGGUUCUUAACACUGAGGGAGCAGUCCAAUCUUCGGGUGUGGAAGUCCAAAAGCAUUUGUACUUCUUUUCCGCUCCGGACGAUGAGCCUGAGGAAGUUAAACCCCGGAUUAUUUUUCCCCAAGCUCCGGUCAAGAAAAAUCUCAAAGUAUUGUUUAUCAAAGCUCCGACGUUCCGUACUUCCCCGGUUCAAAUCCCAGCGUUGCCGCAAAACGAAGAAAAGACUCGUGUCUACGUUUUGGUGAAGAAACCGGAAGAAGCGACGAUUAUUCUUCCGACUCAAGCGCCAACACAGCCAACUAAACCUGAGGUUUAUUUCAUCAAAUACAAGACGCAGAUGGAGGCUGAAGAAGCGAUUUCGCAAGUGCAAGGUGGGGCAGGAGGUGAUGUUUCCAUUAGUGCGAAUUCGGUUGAUCAUGAUCAUGAUUUUCUGAGUGGGAUCCAAGACAGUGAUUUGGCUCAGAAAUUAGGUUCUGGUCUUGUCUCAGGUUCCACAGAAGGUUCGAUUUUAGGGUUUAAUAACCAGCAAGGUUUUGGUGGGUUUGUUGGGGUGAAGGAUUCGUUUGUGUCCACAACUCCUGCACCCAUUGAGCUGAACCAAGGUUUUGGUGGGUUUGGGGGAAAAAUCGAGUCGUUUUCAACGACUUUGAGCCCUUUGGGGGUGGUCUCCACCACGCCGACGAUUUUGCAAGGAGGUGGCAUUCAUAAGGUUUAUGGGCCGCCACAGAAACGCUCUUAUUAAUAAAGAAAUUUUGUGAUAGUA